AUGCACAAGGCCGGGACUACGACCCUUGCCGAGGCCUUCUUCGGCACGGGUCGCGUGCACACCGCCAGCGGUGCAUGCUGCCGCGCCGUGCAACGAACGAGGAACCUGACGGUCGCGGCCAAGUCAACGCCGCCCAUGUGUGGUGCGCGCGAGCUUGGCUGGCCAAAGGAGUCUCACUUCUUCGACUGGUGCUUGGAGCACGGGCGCUGCGAGGAUUACCCACUCGUCUUCCGCAGCCGGCCGGCGGGGUCAAACAUGGAGGCGACACCACGGAUGCUCUCACAGCCACGCGCCGCCGAGGCACUCGCUGCUGUGAUGCCUCCAAGCAUCCGGCCAGCCGCUCGGUUCAUCAUAUUACUGAGGGAGCCUACCUCCCGCCUCUUCUCCUGGUAUAACCACCAGGUGCGUGCAGGCUGGGUGCGCUCCCCAUUCGCAACCUACGCGGACAACCAGCUGCAUGAAUGGCGCAUGCGGUCAACGCGCACCGCAUUUGCCGCCCUAGAUCCGAUGCCGGACAUCGGACGCGGGCUAUACGCGCAGUCGGUCCUGCACUGGCGCCGCUUCUGGAUGCGAAAGGCGCUGCUGCUGCUCAACUACCACACGGCCUUUAGUGAAAUGGCCGCGGUCUCGAGGGCCGCGCUUGAGCAAUUCACCGGCGUGCGGCCAGGCCUGUUCAAGCGGGAGAACUCCUUUCGCGCCAAAUCGUCGCUUCCUUGCGCAGCUCGCGACCAGCUCCUGCGGUUUUACUCUCCACACAACGAGGACCUCUACCGGAUGGUCCGGCAAGAUGCGUUCGACGGCUCUUCGCCGGAAGCAGAGCCGCCCUUUGGCACUCUGCCGCCGCCAGCCUGCUCUGAGUUUGUCACCAAUUCGACGCCGACGCCAACCCCACCCACGCAGCGGCAGCAGAACCAGCAACAGUGCCGGCCGUUUUGCGACUCUCACUCGGCGGCGUGGCGCACGCUUUGGGGGGGAGGCAAGUGCAGCUGGAGCACGUGUGAGGGCUGCGCGCACUGUCUCCGUGAAACGAAGGUUCGCCCUGGGCUGGGCCCUCGUCGGGUCGCGAACCAUGUCGCGAGCGUCGGCACGAGGGUUAGUGUUCAGAUGACGAAGAGUUGA